GUGAAGGCCUACGGGUCGCCAAACAAGACCUUAAAGGAUAAAGACACAUCUUCAAAAAAAAAAAAAAAAAUAUCGGGAGACCUGAGAACUAUUAUUGGGCACCAUUAUUAAUUCGAAUGGACACCACUCAAUUACAAAUCGUAAUGAUGUUUUAUGGACACUUUGGCCAUUAGGACUCCGCACUUAUCCAAAAAUAUGCCUUGCUCUCGUCACUCUUUUCUCUUCUAAAUUCUAAUCCUUCGAUAUCCCUUUAAUUAGAUCUUUCUCUUGGCAUCUCAUAGGGUAUUUUUUUUUACACAAACGAUAUUAAGGACACACUUGAAUAAAAGUGUCAUAAUUGUGUGUCGCCUAAAUCACUCAAUAAUUUUUUUCUCUCACUCAAGAAUCGAGAGAAACUUAAAUCAUUCCCUCGUGGUAUAUCUGGUCGCGUUUAACACCCGAUCUACCAAAAAUAUCAUGCUAAUGACAAAACCUUCAUUCUCUACCAAAAUAAUAUGGUAAAUAUAUCUUACUAAAUGAAAAAAAUAGAAAGAGUUAGUAAUUAUUUUUAUAUGCAUAUCCAAAUUAACAUUUAUACCUCCAAUUGCAAUUUAAACCAUUCAUUUACUUUCCAAAAUACUUUCACAACUUGCACCAAAAAAAAAAACUUUCACAACUUCAUAAUUAGACCACCAAUAUAUAUUUUUCUUUUUUUCUUCCACCCUUCAUACUCCUUCCAAAAUUAAAAAUUUCCCGUAAAUAAAAAUUCAUUUCCCAUUUACCCUUCACUCCCUCCCCCUAUAUAAACCGUUCUUUUGGUCUCACAUUUUCCCCCACAAAAUUUACCAAUCCAAACAAAAACAAUGGCUAGAAGGAGGUUGAGGCUCGCGUGGAUUCCAAACGAAGCCGCCAGAAGAGCCACGAUGAGAAAGCGCCGCCAAAGCCUGGUCAAGAAAGUGAAAGAGCUCUCCGUCCUCUGCGGCGUCCCAGCUUUCUGCGUCAUUUACUGUCCGGACGAACCGGAACCAACGGUCUGGCCACCCGACAGGGAAGAGGCCGAAAAGCUGCUGGCCCGGUUCCUAGCCGCGCCGCCGUUCGAGCAGUCCAAGAGAACGACCAACCAAGAAACCUAUCUCCUGGACCUGGUGGGAAAGCUCCAAGAAGCCCGGGGGAACCAGCAGAAGGUCCUGAACCAGCUCGAGCUCGCCUACCUUAUGGACCAGGUUCACUACACAAGGAGGGGGCUGGGCGGGUUGGACCUACAUGGGUUGGACCGGUUGUCGGUUCUGCUGGAGGAGAGGCUGAGUGAGAUCAGGAAGAAGGCUGAGUUCUUUGAAGUUGAACUGAAUGGAUCCUCGUCACUAGGGAGAAAUAAUGUAACCAACGUUGACAAUGACAACGUUGUUGUUCCCGAAAACAAUAUUGAUUUGUUGUGGCAGGAGGACUUCAUGAAUAACAUUAUCAAUCAGGAUGGUGGCGACGACGGCAAUGGCAAUUAACGGUGGACGGUGGAGUAGUAGUAGUUUGAAUUUCAUAUUUAUUGGAGUUUCUUUUCAAUGGCGGUGGGUGGGCGACAUAGGUUUUUUUUUCCUUCUGUUUCAUCGUUGUAGUGAUGAACACAGUUAUUUCAGUUAUUGUGUAAGGUUCGUUAGAUUCUGGUCUGAUCAAUAAAAGGGAAUCAGCCUCUUAAUUUCAAGCAUAUUAGCAUAAUGUAACAAAAAAAAAAAAAAACCCCCCUAGCUAGCGUGUGCAUGGAAGAGUAGCUAGAUCGAGUAGUGUGAUGAUAAACAAGAAUAAAUUAUUUAAAUAAAAUUAUCGCUAAAAUGAUUUAGAUGGCCGUUCAAAGUGAGACUUCGAUUUUUAUCUAACACAAGAUAACAAAAGCAAUUGUACUUGCUAUACAUUGUCAUAUACAUGACUCUAUAUACUCAAAUGUCAAGCAUGUAUGAUCUGAUUUGAAACUCGUUUGAUGUAUAUGGAUUGCGAAUCAUAUCCGAUCGAAUAAUCAUCCAUAUGUAUUCCUAACAUAUUCGAUUUAAAAAUUGUUCGGUGCAUGAACUAUGAAAUUGUACCGGUAAUCAACUCAAUAAAACAAGUGUUUGGAGGAAUUUAUAUUAGACGUAGAAUGAAAAAAAUAUUAUCGUGGUAUGUUGCAAUAUGUCGUUAUAAAAUCGUAUAGAUUUGAUAAUUUGUGCUUGGUUUAACCGGUAGUCCGGUACAGUGCAUGCUGGUCAGUGUAGCAUGACUAGAAACCCUGCAUACGCAUCCCUUGAAAGGAAAGGCAAUAUUCCCCCCUCCCUCCCCCUAGAGAUAAUCACACCCUCCGGCUAAAGUCAUAUACGCGUAGGGAUGGCAAUUUGAACCCGCCUCGCCGGGUAAUAUUCGAGCUGACCCGCGAUGGGGCGGGUAUUACCCGACCCGCAUUAGCGUGGGGCGGGGCAUGGGUAUCAACUUCCGACCCGCCCUGUCCCGCCCCGCCCUAUUCUUACUCCGUUUUAUGUCAAUUUUUUACCCCAUCCAUUCAUAUAUCUCCUAUUUUGACUUUUAUUCAACUAUUUAGAUUUGAUCUUUCAACUAAAUAGAUUCAAUUACUUAUUAUAUUAUCACUAUUAUUCAUUCAUCAAGUAUUUUCCCCUUCGUUUUAUCAUAAAAAGUAAAAUUGUGCGUGCAUUUUUCUCAAAUAACAUGUAAGAGUGGGUAGACCCGCCCCGCCCUGUUCUCGCGCGGGUAUUACCCGCCCCAACCCGUACUAGCGUGGGGCGGGGCAUGAGUAUUGAGGUACCCGCCCCGCCCCGCCCCAUUGCCAUCACUAAUACGCGCCAGUGGAUAUAUCUUAACAACUGUAUUAAUUAUCUAAUAUAGGAAACAUAAUUAAAACAUGAAUCCACCAUUUAUUUAUUUUUUCUUGAUAUUCAUGCUUCUCCAGCUCUAAGACAACUGUCUUUUUCUGUCCAGAUUGUAUUGUAUCACGUACGUAUCACGUCGCUUGUCGUCUAACUCUCUAACGACCACUACUAUAUAAUAAUAAUAAUAAUAAUAAUAAUAAUAAUAAUAAUAAUAAUAAUACCAUAGCAUAAGUUUUUCAAAAAUUUGCAUCACAUGGUUAUAAUCACAUGCAUGAUGUAAAUUAAGAUGAUAAGUAUGAAGAAUUUUUUUCCACAUGCCCCAAAGAGGAAAUGGGAAUAUUUUUACCUUUACCAUAGAAGUAUAGUAACCAAAAUGGAAUUCAAGCAUGCCCUCAUUAACACAUCUCCAUUAUCACAUCCAAACCCAAAUCCUCUAACUCUCCAAUAUAGAGAGAAAAAAACAACAAAAUUCGUUAUUUUCU